CUCCCUUGGCGAGCGAGCAGCAGCGCGAGCUGCGUCACACCCUCCUUUACCUCCUCCCGCCCCCGGCCGGGGUGGCAGCUGGGUGGCAUCCGAUUUAGCAAUAAGAGCUGGGAAUGCAGGUUCUGCUAUGAGGUUUGAUUCCUGAGCGGUAGCUGUGCCUAGCCGAGUUCAGGGCUAGCCACACAUUCAUGUUAAAUAGCAGCCAGCAAUGUACUGAUUCCUCAGAGCUUGCAGUGUCUGGAUGCAUCUUGGUGUGGAGCAAUGAGGCACGGGAUUGUUGGAACAGUAGAAACAGAGAAAUGCUGCUGGAGAGCUUACUCGCAAGGAGACAGAGAGGAUGGCAUGGUAAACGGCUGUUUUGCAAUUGAGGCCGUCAGCCUGGACUCCUGCAGACAGGUCAAUAGAGACUCCAACCGUCAUGUUAAGGUAAAGCAGAAAAGUGCAGUGCUGAACAUGCUAAAGAAGUUGGACAAAAUAAGGUUCAGAGGUCACAAGAGAGAUGAGUUCCUUGAUUUAGCAGAGUCUCCAAAUGCUUCAGACACUGAAUGUGGAGAUGAAAUCCCAGUGAAGAUACCUCGAACAUCAGCUCGAGACAAUGAAGAGUUGAGAGACCCUGCUGGUCCAGGGACCAUCAUCAUGGCUUCAGGAGUCCAGGAUUUUAACAGAACAGAGUCUGACAGACUGAAUGAGAUCAAAGGUCACCUGGAAAUAGCCUUACUGGAAAAACACUUUUUACAGGAGGAGCUCAGGAAGCUGAGAGAAGAAACAAACGCUGAAACAUUAAGGCAGGAGCUAGAAAAGGAACGGCAGAGGAGAUUAGAACUAGAACAAAGAGUCAAUGAAGUACUUAAAGCAAGGGCAGAAGAGGUGCCUGCAGCUCAGCAACCUGCAAAGCCACAGGCACAAGCCAAUGGAACAGAUAAGAGCAGUCACACAGUCUCCUCAAGACUCCAGAAGUGGUUUUGUGACAAAUUUGGGGAGUAUGUUGAGGACUUCAGGUUUCAGCCAGAAGAGAAUACAGUGGAAACAGAAGAGCCACUUAGUGCUAGAAGGUUGACUGAAAAUAUGAGAAGAUUAAAGAGAGGUGCCAAACCUGUUACAAAUUUUGUGAAGAAUCUUUCUGCCUUAUUAGACUGGUAUUCUAUCUACACUUCUGCUAUUGCCUUUAUUAUUUACAUCAAUGCUGUAUGGCAUGGCUGGGCCAUUCCUAUGUUCUUAUUUUUAGCAAUUUUGAGGUUAUCCCUAAAUUACCUCAUAGCCAGGGGUUGGAGAAUACAGUGGAGCAUUGUGCCUGAAGUUUCUGAACAGAUGGAGCACCCAAAAGAGGACCUGACUGUGUCUGAAAAGUUCCAGCUUGUUCUAGACGUGGCUCAGAAGGCGCAGAACCUUUUUGGCAAGAUGGCAGACAUACUGGAAAAAUUUAAAAACUUGUUCAUGUGGGUCCAGCCAGAAAUUACACAGAAGCUCUACAUUGCUCUAUGGGCAGCUUUUAUUGCAUCCUGCUUUUUGCCCUACAGGAUUCUUGGGCUUGCAUUGGGACUCUAUGCUGGAAUCAAGUUCUUCCUUAUUGAUUUUAUCUUCAAACGAUGCCCCAGACUAAGAGCUAAGUAUGAUACUCCUUAUAUCAUCUGGAUAAGUCUCCUGACAGAUCCUCAGCUCAAAGAAAGAUCUAAUGCUACAGUGUCGAGACGGCUUCAAACAGCAGCCUCCAGGAGUUACGUGGGCUCAAGUGCUCCAACUGGAAUUAGCAAAGAUGAAGACACAAGUCGUUUUCAUACCACCAAGAGAGGAAAUUUCCAUGAAGUUUUUAACCUGUCAGAGAAUGAACGUCCUUUGCCAGUGUGUGAAAAUGGCUGGCGCUGUUGCUUGAUUAACAGGGAUCGGAAGAUGCCUACAGACUACAUCAGGAAUGGAGUUCUUUAUGUCACAGAAAAUUACUUGUGCUUUGAAAGCUCAAAAUCCGGCUCAUCAAAAAGAAAUAAAGUUAUAAAGCUGUCGGACAUAACAGAUAUCCAGAAGUAUAAAGUGCUCUCUGUUCUCCCGGGAUCAGGGAUGGGUAUUGCUGUAUCAACACCAUCUACACAGAAACCUUUGGUGUUUGGUGCCAUGGUACACAGAGAUGAAGCUUUUGAGACAAUUUUCAGCCAAUACAUGAAAAUAACAUCUGCAUCAUCCAGCAGUGAAAGCUAGUGUCUUAUCUUGGAGGAGCUGAAGGAAACUUUCUUCUUGUAUGACUUGGUAGUGAAAAAAAUGAACAUCCUCAUCUAUUUUGCAAUAAUUUUUCUUGUCUGGUGGUUUAUAUUCUAUCUGUUACAUAAACCAAGUGUAUUUUA